AUGCCGGGCCAGAGCGAGUCUCGGAGCCGGGAUCGCCAUGGACAGUCCCGCGAUCGGGCACGCGACCGUGAGCGCGAACGCCGUCGGGAAAGAGAACAGGACCGAGAACGCGAUGUUCAUGAAAGAUACGAUGAGGACGAAGGUAGAACAUCGAGUCCUGAAAAUAGGCGGAAAGAGAAGUACACAUUCCAGGGUGAAGAGGGUUACGAAUCUUAUGAGCGUGCACGAGAUGGAGAUAUAAGGGAUAGGGCGGACAACGAGGAGCAGGAAAGACGGCGUAGGGAACGAAGACGCAGACGAAGGGAAGAAGAGAAGUCCAAGGCGAAGGAGUCUCCUGCCACAGCGCCUGUCAGAAAGCGAGAAAGAGAUAGAGACCGCGAGGGGUAUCGGAGGCGGACGGAUCUUACAGAAGAUGAGAGGACUCCUACGAAGAGAACUAGAGAGCGACGAAAUCGGGAUAGAGAGGGAGAGAGUGAAGCCGAGGCCGAGGCUGAGACGAGAAGACGCAGACGACGUGAGAGACAGCAACAGAAAGACCUGGACCGAGAACGUGAAAUCGAAGCUGCUGCCGCUGUUAAUGUUGCGAGGAAGCAUAAGAGUAAAGAGUCGACUAGCAGUGCUUCUCACCUACUUAGUGCGGAUGCACUAACACGAAUGGCGUCUGGGUACGACGAGGAAGAUUUGACCGGGCAAUGGGAGCGACGAGACCGAGAACGAGACCAGGAACGUUCCAGAAAUCAAGACGAAAGUCGCAGGGAACGUCGGUCGCGCAAACGAGCCGCCUUAGCUGGUGCGGGCGCUGGUGCUCUUGGAGCUGAGAUUGCCGAAGGAAGGCCCAGACACAAGUCCGGCGCUCGUGUUGUUUCCGGUGCAUAUCUGGAAGAAGGGAGAAGUUCGGAUAUGAACGUCCGUCGCCGUGGCGGUGGAGGCUCCGGGAUAGAAGAGGCAUACAAGUAUGAGGAGAGCCGGGGGGGAAGUUAUGAUAGUGCUGGGGGACCACCAGCCUGGAAGGUCUGGAGCUCUUGGUCUAAGAAGAAGCGGAUUUACAUCGGAGCUGUCGCGGGAAUCCUGAUAUUGCUGGCCAUUAUCAUCCCGGUUGCAGUUUUUGAGUCCAAGAAAAAAGCAUCAGACUCAGGAUCUAGUUCUUCAUCGUCUUCAAGCUCGGAUGGCUUAACCGGUAAUUUGGAUAGUAUCACUCGUGAUAGCAUCCCUUCCUAUGCACAAGGGACAUACCUAGAUCCAUUCACUUGGUACGAAACCGAAGGCUUCAAUCUUACAUUUACCAACGAGACUGUGGGUGGCUUAUAUCUCAUGGGUCUCAACUCGUCAUGGGAGGAUACAGCUAGACCGAAUGACAAUGUACCACCACUGAAUGAGGCUUUCCCCUACGGCUCACAACCCAUCCGAGGAGUCAACAUUGGCGGAUGGCUUUCCAUUGAACCAUGGAUUACCCCAUCGCUGUUCGAUACCUACUCAUCUAGCGAUGGUAUUAUCGACGAGUGGACUUUGACCACGAAACUUGGUUCUGGCGCUUCAACGACGAUUGAAAAACACUACGCGACAUUCUACACCGAGCAAGACUUUGCCGAUAUCAAAGAAGCCGGCUUGGAUCACGUUCGCAUUCAAUACUCUUAUUGGGCGGUAAAAAUAUAUGACGGCGAUCCUUACGUGGCUAAAAUAGCAUGGCGAUAUCUCUUACGUGCAAUAGAGUAUUGCCGUAAAUAUGGCCUUCGGGUCAACCUCGACCUCCAUGGUAUUCCUGGCAGUCAAAACGGUUGGGAACACAGUGGUCAUCAAGGGAAUAUUGGCUGGCUGAAUGGCACAAAUGGUGAGCUCAACUCGAACCGGUCUCUGGAGAUCCAUGACCAAUUGUCAACCUUCUUCGCACAAGACCGGUACAAAAACGUCGUGACUAUGUACGGCGUUGUCAACGAGCCUUUGAUGCUCUCACUUUCCGUGGAGAAAGUCCUUGAUUGGACGAACCAAACAGCAAAGCUUGUUCGGAAAAAUGGCGUCAAUGCGACGAUCGUCUUCCAUGACGGAUUCCUCAAUCUUGACAAGUGGGACUCGAUGCUCAAGGAUCACCCAGAUGGCAUGUAUCUUGACACGCAUCAAUAUACUACCUUCAAUACCGGUGAAAUCGUGUUGAAUCAUACAGCCAAGAUAAACCUUAUUUGCAAUAGCUGGUAUCCCAUGAUAGAAGCUAUCAACAGCACCAGUGACGGAUGGGGACCUACAAUAUGUGGGGAAUGGUCACAAGCUGACACUGACUGCGCCAAAUACCUCAACAACGUUGGUCGGGGUACUCGUUGGGAAGGGACAUACGAUACCAGUUCUUCUACGCAGUACUGCCCAACCGCUGAUGAUGAGGGCGGUUGCUCCUGUGAUAGUGCCAAUGCCGCUGUAUCUGAGUAUUCGGACGCGUACAAAAAGUGGCUACUUUAUUAUGCGGAGGCACAAAUGUCUGUUUUCGAGACCGCAAUGGGCUGGUUCUAUUGGACUUGGCGAACAGAAUCAGCAUCGCAAUGGAGUUAUCUCACAGCAUGGAAGAAUGGAUUCUUGCCGACUAAGGCUUAUUCACCUACUUUCAAAUGUGGAGAUGAUGUACCUGAUUUUUCCAGUUUGGGCUUACCUGAAGACUAUUAA